AUGGCUUUCUUCCUCGUCACCUUCUGCUGCGCCUUUGCUGCGCUGGGGUCGUUUCUAUUCGGGUAUGAUUCAGGCGUCAUCUCUUCCAGCAUCGAACAAGAGGCUUUUCUAGCCCGAUUCGGCUCUCCGGGGUUAUCUGAUGCCGCCGCGGGAGGAAUCAUCUCGUCUUACACCGGGGGGGCUAUCGUGGGCUCGGUCCUCGCCCCAUUCGUUUCCGACUACUAUGGCCGCCGAAUGGUCAUCUUCCUCGGUGGACUGCUUGCGAGUCUUGGGGCUGCCCUCCAGGGGGGUGCAGUCACAAUUGCGAUGCUGAUCGCUGGUCGAUUCAUCGCGGGGAUUGCCAUUGGGCAAAUGUCAGCUACUAUUCCUGUAUACUGCAGCGAGGUCGCCCCGCCUCAGAUUCGUGGCCUAUUAGCCAGUAUGCAGCAAUGGAUGAUCGGUCUGGGCAUUAUGGUUGCCCAAUGGGUCGGAUACGGAUGUUCCCUCCGCGGCGGAGUCUUCUCUUGGCGCUUCCCGCUCUCCUUCCAAGUAGUCCCAGCUUUCAUCCUAACCUGCGGCAUCUGGUUCCUCCCCGAAUCCCCACGAUGGCUCAUUGAAAAAGGCCGAGAAGGCGAAGGACGCUCAGUCCUCGCCAAACUCCACCUAAACCGCAGCGCAACAAACAACCAACUCCUCGAACACGAACUCUCCCAAAUUCACGAUAGCCUCCUCCAAGAGCACCAAAAAGCCGUCCGAUCCUGGCGCCAGCUCCUCACCUCCCCCCACUGGCGCCGCCGCAUCCUCCUCGCCUGCGGCCUACAAGCAUUCACGCAAUGCUCCGGCACAAACGUAAUCCAAAACUACGGACCGCGCCUGUACAAAUCACUCGGCCUAUCAACAUCCACGUCCCUGAUGAUCAUCGGAGUCUGGGGCGCGCUAGCGCUGUUCUGGAACACGGUGUUCAUGGCCUUCAUCGACAAAGUCGGACGUCGCAAACUCCUUAUUCCGUCUUUGUUUGGUAUGGGCGCGGUCAUGUGUGUCGAAGCCACGCUCGCGCGGUAUAUCGACUUUAGCGAUCCAAAGGCGAAUCCGGAUGCGCUGCGCGCUGCCAUCGCCAUGUUCUUUGCAUUCUCGUUCUUUUUUACUGCGCUGGGUAUGAUUUCUUGGAUUUACCAAUCCGAGAUCUUCCCGACGCCUAUUCGGGCGCGUGGUUCGUCUCUGGCUACGGCGACGAAUUGGAGUCUUAACCUUAUCUUUGCGCAGUGCUCGCCUAUUGCAUUGACGGAUAUUGGAUAUAGAUAUUUCUAUUGCUUUGUUGGGUUUAAUUGGGCGGCUAUGGUUGUUGUUUGGGCCUUUUAUCCCGAGACCGCGGGCCGUUCUCUCGAGGAGGUCGAGGAUGUUUUCUCUGGGAAGUCAGUGGUUGGGUUGUCGGAUCAGGGUACUGGUGAUGAGACUACUGUUGUGGCUACGGCGCCGCGCUCACAGAUUCGACAUAAGGGGUUACAUCCGCUGUCCAUGCAUCCCGCCGAUGAUACUGUCAGUAUUAUGGAGACUAGUCUUAGCGGGUCUGAGAAGGGGAUUGACGUGAAAGAGGUCUAG